UUUCUCACUCAAUCAAAUCUCAAUUGCUGAAAAUCAUGGGAGCGUGCAUUGAUCAACGCCAGAGUGUCGUCAGUUCGGUGCUGUGUCUCAAUUCAAGUGCGUGAUUGUCCCCAUGUUUAACCGUGAAGUUUGUUGAUUUUACACCGCUUGCACGCGAAUCAGCCGUGACAAUGUCCGGUAGAAAUAUUCCACUGUGUCCUCACUAAUGACCACUCGAAGCUGCAGCUUCUCCUGACCACGUCCCCAGAGUGGGUCGAUAUUAUGGACGAGAAUGGCGACACGCCAUUGAUGGUGGCAUCGAAGCUGGGACAUGUGAAAUGCGUCCAAACACUCAUAUCUAAUGGGGCGGAUGUUCUUCACGUCAAUCGCACUGGCCUCAAUGCACUGACCAUGGCCGCACUGUCGGGAUCCGUGAUGACGAUGAGCAACCUCCUGAAGGUCACUUCCAUGGAGCACUACAUGAAGAUGAGCCUCGUCCCGCCCCUGGUAGCCGCAAUUUUCGGCGGCCAUGCGGACGCCGUUGACUUCCUCAUGCAAUUCCACACUCCGCUUAGCAAAACAGUCACGAGAGAGGGGAAUUCACCUCUCAUGUUAUCCAUCAUGUUUGACCGGUCCGACGUGACAGAUCUCUUCAGUGACGAACCGGGAUUCUUGAAAAACGCCCUGGGAAUGACUGCCAGCGACAUCACAGAGUACAAGCAAACAUUCAUGACGCGCUCUAGCUCUGAUUAGGCAAUCGUUGGGGUGCACUUUCGCGGAAGGGAUCAACUCAAAGGCGGAUUAAUUGGAUGGGAGCUUUGCAGAAGGACAGAAAAAUACUUACACCGAGUGGUAAAUCGUGUGGAUCGCAUGUCUCGAGGCUCCGGCGAAAUUGGAUCUGAGUGUGGGUGGCGUUCUGAGUGCCCUCCUCCACCACAUAGU